GGCUCCACCAAGAAGAUCAAUGUCAACUUCCAGGACCCAGAUGGCUUCUCGGCUCUGCACCAUGCGGCCCUGAACGGCAACACGGAAUUGAUCAGCCUGCUGCUGGAGGCCCAGGCCGCUGUGGACAUCAAGGACAACAAAGGCAUGCGGCCGCUGCACUAUGCGGCCUGGCAGGGCCGGAAGGAGCCCAUGAAGCUGGUGCUGAAGGCGGGCUCGGCCGUGAACAUCCCGUCUGAUGAGGGCCACAUCCCCCUGCACCUGGCAGCCCAGCACGGUCACUAUGAUGUGUCUGAGAUGCUGCUACAGCACCAGUCUAACCCGUGCAUGGUGGACAACUCGGGGAAGACGCCCCUGGACCUGGCCUGCGAGUUCGGCCGCGUUGGGGUGGUCCAGCUGCUCCUCAGCAGCAACAUGUGUGCGGCGCUGCUGGAGCCCCGCCCAGGAGAUGCCACUGACCCCAACGGCACCAGCCCUUUGCACCUCGCAGCCAAGAAUGGCCACAUCGACAUCAUCAGGCUCCUCCUCCAAGCCGGCAUCGACAUUAACCGCCAGACCAAGUCCGGCACGGCCCUGCAUGAGGCUGCGCUCUGCGGGAAGACAGAGGUGGUGCGGCUGCUGCUGGAUAGCGGGAUCAAUGCCCACGUGAGGAAUACCUACAGCCAGACAGCCCUGGACAUCGUGCACCAGUUCACCACGUCCCAGGCCAGCAGGGAGAUCAAGCAGCUGUUGCGAGAGGCCUCGGCGGCCCUGCAGGUCCGGGCGACCAAGGAUUAUUGCAACAAUUACGACCUGACCAGCCUCAAUGUGAAGGCGGGGGACAUCAUCACAGUCCUCGAGCAGCAUCCGGAUGGCCGUUGGAAGGGCUGUAUCCAUGACAACCGGACGGGUAAUGACCGGGUGGGUUACUUCCCGUCCUCCUUGGGCGAGGCCAUCGUCAAGCGAGCAGGUUCCCGAGCAGGCACUGAGCCAAGCCUGCCGCAGGGAAGCAGCUCAUCGGGACCUUCUGCACCCCCAGAGGAGAUCUGGGUGCUGAGGAAGCCUUUUGCAGGUGGGGACCGAAGCGGCAGCAUUAGUGGCGUGGUUGGCAGCCGGGGCAGCGGGGGCCACACCCUACACCCGGGCUCUGAGGGUAUCAAGCUCCUGGCAACGGUGCUUUCCCAGAAGUCCGUCUCCGAGUCCAGCCCAGGGGACAGCCCCGCCAAGCCUCCAGAAGGCUCUGCAGGUGCGGCCCGGUCCCAGCCUCCAGUGGCCCAUGCAGGGCAGAUCUAUGGGGAGCAGCCGCCCAAGAAGCUGGAGCCAGCAUCGGAGGGCAAGAGCGCCGAGGCCGUGAGCCAAUGGCUCACCGCGUUCCAGCUGCAGCUCUACGCCCCCAACUUCAUCAGCGCUGGCUAUGACCUGCCCACCAUCAGCCGCAUGACCCCCGAGGACCUCACGGCCAUUGGUGUCACCAAGCCGGGCCACCGGAAGAAGAUCGCGGCAGAGAUCAGCGGCCUAAGCAUCCCCGACUGGCUGCCUGAGCACAAACCCGCUAACCUGGCCGUGUGGCUGUCCAUGAUCGGCCUGGCCCAGUACUACAAGGUGUUGGUGGACAAUGGCUAUGAGAACAUCGAUUUCAUCACUGAUAUCACCUGGGAGGACCUGCAGGAGAUCGGCAUCACCAAGCUGGGACACCAGAAGAAGCUGAUGCUGGCUGUGAGGAAGCUGGCAGAGCUGCAGAAGGCUGAAUAUGCCAAGUAUGAGGGGGGCCCCCUGCGCCGGAAGGCGCCCCAGUCACUUGAAGUGAUGGCCAUUGAGUCUCCGCCCCCGCCUGAGCCCACACCGGCCGACUGCCAGUCCCCUAAAAUGACCACCUUCCAGGACAGCGAGCUCAGUGAUGAGCUGCAGGCUGCCAUGACUGGCCCAGCUGAGGUGGGGACCACCGCUGAGAAGCCCUCCAGCCAUCUGCCACCCACCCCGAGGGCCACCACACGGCAGGAGUCCAGCCUGAGUGGUCGGGCACGGCACAUGAGCAGCUCACAGGAGCUGCUAGGCGACGGGCCCCCUGGGCCCAGCAGCCCCAUGUCUCGAAGCCAGGAGUACCUGCUGGAUGAAGGCCCGGCUCCCGGCACCCCGCCCAAGGAGGCCAGGCCAGGCCGCCACGGUCACAGCGUCAAGAGGGCCAGCGUGCCCCCUGUGCCUGGCAAGCCACGGCAGGUCCUCCCACCAGGCACCAGCCACUUCACGCCCCCGCAGACUCCCACCAAAACCCGACCAGGCUCUCCCCAGGCCCUUGGGGGACCUCAUGGUCCAGCCCCAGCUACAGCCAAGGUGAAGCCUACCCCGCAGCUGCUGCCGCCAACAGAGCGCCCCAUGUCACCCCGCUCCCUCCCUCAGUCACCCACACACCGCGGCUUUGCCUAUGUGCUGCCCCAGCCUGUGGAGGGCGAGGUGGGGCCAGCUGCCCCAGGGCCUGCGCCCCCACCCGUGCCGACUGCUGUGCCCACACUGUGCCUGCCCCCCGAGGCUGACGCAGAGCCGGGGCGGCCCAAGAAGCGAGCCCACAGCCUGAAUCGCUACGCAGCGUCUGACAGCGAGCCGGAGCGGGACGAGCUGCUGGUGCCUACUGCUGCGGGCCCCUAUGCCACGGUCCAGCGGCGCGUGGGCCGCGUAGUGGAGGCCCCAGGCCGCUAG